AUGGCUGAGCGAUCAUCACCACAGUCCAGCACUGAGUCAUUGAAUAGCUCUCCGUUACCUAAAUCACGUCAAUCAAACUCAACGAUUGACUCUCGUCGUUCAUCGAGUAGUACACUAUCUAGUAUAUCAAGUGACCGAAAACAUAGUGGACUUUUUGAUAAAAUUGAAACAAAUUUUCAAAAAGUAAAACGACGAUUUUCACAUGCACCAAAACAAUUAUCUGANGUCAAUCAAACUCAACGAUUGACUCUCGUCGUUCAUCGAGUAGUACACUAUCUAGUAAAACGACGAUUUUCACAUGCACCAAAACAAUUAUCUGAAAAAGAAAUAGAAAUAUUAUUGAAAACAACAAAUUUCAGCAGUGAAGACAUUGUAACAUGGCAUGGAAAGUUUCUAAACGACUGUCCACAUGGUUAUAUGACUCGAAAAGAAUUUCUGAAAAUCUAUAAAUCAUUAUGUCCAACAGGCAAUGCUGACACUUUUGCUGGUCACAUAUUUCGUGCAUUUGAUCUUGAUAGAUCAAAUACAAUUGAGUUCCGUGAAUUUCUUAUCGGUUUAUCAAUGACGUCAUCAGCAAGUUCACCAACAACUAAGCUUGAGUGGAUAUUUCACGUAUUUGAUAUUGAUGGAAAUGGUUUAUUAACACGAGAUGAAUGUUUAGAAGUUAUCAAUAUUAUUGUACGUUUUAAUCAAAAUCAAUCAUCCGAUCUGGAAAGUUCAGAUCCAGAACAGCUAGUUGCUUCAGCUAAACAUAGUAUGAUGCGAAUGUUUGAUAAUAUAUCUAGUGACCGAUGCAAUACAUUAUCAAUGGCACAGUUUAUAGAGGGAUGCCAAAAGGAUGAAUUUAUCUCACAAUUAUUAGCACCCAGCUCAGGGAAUUGA